CAACAGGGCCUUUCUUCAUACCCAUUCAUCUUCACUCCUUGUAAUGCUAACAAUCCGCGCGCAUACUUCGCCUCCCCGCAAUUGACCCACGUCUCCCCUAUGCGCCUUUUUGGUUCCUCUUGGGUUGUACCGGAAGAACAACGCUCAUGUUGUCGCGAACGCGCCGGAGACGACCAAGUCGCGUGCACGAAUGCUAUCCUCCAUGAGCGGCGCGCACGGCCAUGACACACCGGAUCUGACCAAGCAUGACCUGACUGAUGAAGCCAUCGAAACCCUCUACGAGAUUGUGCGCCGCGCACAACUAUCGUCCUCAGGCCAACCCUCCCAUCCCUCGGAUCCCAACCCUCCCUCGUCGCGCGCUUUGUUCGCCGCCUAUGAAGAAGUUCUCGAAGAGCAAGGCUUGACAUCUAGCGACGAUGCUGUCCUCCAUCGUUUCCUGUUUCGCAUGCAAGAGAACAGGCGCAGAGAUGAGGAUCUGAUACAGCGGUUCAAGCGCGUCUUAGCAGAAUUUGGCAUCGACGUUGAGAUUGAUGAGGAUGGCGAGGGCAUUGAGGUUACGACAAAUCUAGACGCGACGCGCAAUACGCGUAAUAGGACACAAAGUGGCUUGGGACGACACUCGAGAAGAGGCAGCUUCGACUCAUUUUUUGAUGGAACGGCAGACAAGGUCGCUGGGACGGACUAUGGAGAAUUGCCCCCGCGUACUAGAAGAGGAUCGCAUGGCCCUCUAAACGGGUAUGGUGACAAGUGGAAUCAACGGCGGACCAAGUCGGAUAUAGAGGCGCAUUCAUACCAGCAGGCCCAAAUUCCCAUUCGCAACAAGACGAAAGGGAACACACAUCGGCGAUCCAUUUCUGGCCAACAACAGCCACUUCGUAAACGGAGCGUUUCUGUCUCCAGUCGCGGCAGCAUCCAGAUUCGUAGAGAUGGUCAGAGAGGGACCUCUCGAGCUGGGGAUGAGGAUGCUGAUGACAGCGAAUCCACGGACCGGACGACAAGCCUUGACCUCUCUCACGUUCAGAUACCUGGACUCAACGCGCCAAUCCCGGCUGAAAAGUACCAGUCUCCAUACCAGCAGCAUUACGUUCCAGAGCCAUGGCAGCCUUCAGACACGCGACUGAUGGACGAGGCCGAAACGUUCGAACAACAGCGCCUACACAGGGUAGCAAGAAAUUAUUUACAAAUAUGGCGCAGCCGCACGCAAGAGCGACGGAGUAUACGUGACGAUAUGGAGCAACUAGCUAUCGCUUUCGACCGCAGAAUCUUACUAAGACUAUCCUUCGAACAGCUUCGAGAUACUUUACGGAUGCGACGGUCCACCAAAGAGACAAAUCGCUUUUUCACGCGGUUGGAAAGCCGAGCUGACAAAGCCCGAAAUCUAUUCCUUCUCACGAAAGCCUUCACGCACUGGGCAAAGAGCGCGGAGGAUGAGGUCCAACGCACGUCUGUUGCACGACGACACAUCCUACGCACAAGGUUCUUCAACGGCUGGCGCGACAUUACAGCAGUCAACGAGCUCAAGAUCCAACACUUCGUUCUUGGCAAAUUCCUCCGAAACUGGCGAGCACGGGCAGCCACCGUCAGUGAGAACAGUCAGUUUGCAGUGCUGCUUUAUGAAGAGAACUUAGUACGCCGAGUGUACAAGGAGUGGUUCUUCAAGUUCUGUGCUAUUGCUGCGCCGGCGUGGCGGAAUGAUCGUACCAGGAGAGUUACGCUGCAGAAAUGGAGUGAGAUCUUGAAGGUAUUGAGAGAGCGCAAUGACUGGGCAGCUGAUCGACGAGAUCGAACGGUAUUGAGGAAGAGUUUCCAGACUUGGCAACAGAAUACAGCAAAAGUUCAAGCUCUGGAGCCUCGCGCAGAUGCUUUCCGACAGACAGCGCUGCUCUCCUCAGCUCUACGCACGCUCCAGAAGCAAGCACAGCUGGCACCGCUGCUCCGACAGUUCCAAGCACUUGCUAAUAGCCGUCUCGUCCAGACUGCGUUCCGAACCUGGCGCCAUACUUCCCAGCUGUCCCGCCAGGCCUGCAGUAUCGACCGUUUGCGUAUUUUACGCAAUGCGUACACUGCUUGGAACGAUCGGCUACGUAUCCAAGCACUCGAAGAUCGAAUCAAUGACCGCGUCAUUGUCGAAUGCCUCUACAAGUGGACAUUGGCAUCAAGAGUAUCGCUCUUCCUACGCGUCCACGACCGACAGCUCAAAGAGUCUGCCUUCCUAACUUGGGUUACCAAUAUGAAUCAACGCACCAAUACCCUCGAUGCCGCUGAACGAAAAUUCGCGCAGUUCAAACGUACCCAGCUACUCCGCGUGUGUCUACGUAAGAUGGAGGCUAUCACUGCUGAACGAAGAGCGGAGGAGUUCGCCAUCGCCUCGGACUACCAGCAGAAGCUCAAGCUGCGGAUCUUCGAAAUGCUCAAAGGCAAGCAAGAGCAUUUCCAACAACUAAAGCAGUGGUCUGCAGAUGCGCGCUUCUACGUCUUGAGCAAGCACACACUCAAGACUUGGAGUGAAGCAACGCAGCAUGCGCGCCGAAACCGCAGGCGAGAGACAUAUGCUCAGGUGCGAAGGACGCUCAAGAUGAACCUUGUGCGACGAGUUUUUGAGAGCUGGAGGGACAAGGCGAACCACGUCGCUGUUCAGAACCAUCAAGCGAAUGAUAUACUUGAGAACCGUGUGUUGCAGAGUACUGGCCAUUUCCUUCACCAGUGGCACGAUCGUGCCAUUACACUGCGACAACAAGACACACAAGCCAUCAAUGUCUACGAGUAUAAGCUCAAGACUCACUAUUUGCGUACUUGGUCGCACCGCUUGGAAGCUCUCCAAACGCUUGAGAGCCAGGCAAUAGCUCUUCGGCAAGAAAGUACCGAAAUUGCAGCAGCCUCCGCACUCAAGAAAUUCGGCUGGCGUCUCUGGAACAUCCAACGACAAGAGGAGAAUGCCAGAGCACUGUAUGAACGGAACUUUGAAAAGCAUGUCAGGGCUAUGAUACGCUUUUGGUUCGAACAAACUGCUGAAAGGCUUGCGAUGAGGCCUCUAAGUCCGUCACCAAGGAGUAGGUCGAGAGGUGGGCCCAGGGAUGACGAUAACGAUGGUCAGGGUGAUGGUAAUAGUGACCAUGGUGGGGGCUUUGCAGAAUACGGAGAUGGAGAUGGCGGAUUGGACGCCGCGGGCGACGAAACCCGACGCCUUGAAACAUGGACCGCAUUUGAUGAGAGUGCACUCGGUCUCAACAACGACCUGGAUCUUUCUCUGUCCAUGACACCGGACUACCAGCGUACCAGCAUUAACCCGUACGCUCUUCCUCCGCCGUCAUCUUCUCGUCCCUCGCUAUCGCAAUUGCCACAAUCCUCCAAGCGGCCCCCUCCUACUCGCCCAAACACGUAUCCUCAACCUCAAUCGGCGCUGCGACCUCCACCCCCAACAAUCUUUGAAGACGACCAUUCAGACCUCGACCUCGGCGCCCAAUCCACAUUCUGGUCCGGCACACCUAUGCCGCCACCCUCAGCAGCCAGUAAACCAGGAUACCUAAAGACCCCGAGUAAGCGGAGUGUGGUGCGAGCGAAGAGACCCGAGUUACCUGCCAGCCCGGAAAAGCGAGUAAUUAGUCCCGUGAAACGUAACUUGGGGGCAAUGAGUGCGCCGCCUGCUCGGACAACGAUGGAUACUGGUUUUGGCGGCGGUGGUAGAGGCAUUACGAGUUUUGAACGAAGGUUGCAGCAAAGUGGUUUUGGUAGUUCUGUUGCUGGUCGUAGCGCAAUGGCGCGAGGAAGAGGUGGGAAGGGCAAGUCCAGAGUUGGAUUCGGAGAUGUCAGUGAAAUAAGGUAGUCUUGGGUUUUGUAUACGGUGUUGUGGUGCCCGAAAAGCGGAGUGUCUGCUCACCAUUGCGAGGUGUUUAGGCCUUGCUUAUGGAGUGAUUUGGAUAGUUAGGAUACCCCAUAUUGUUUGCUGAAUGCAUACUUUGAAUAUCUGCAGCCGGCG